CCUGUAUUCCCCCAACACUACUAGCCAACCAUCCUCUAUCCCUCACUUGAAAAUCAUACGAACUCCCUACAAAUAUCUCGCAAGUAUCACACCAACCAUAACUCAACAUACAAACCAAUGCAAGUCAACGGAAAGAUGAAGAACCGCUAUCAGCUACCGGAGAAGCGGUGUUGGGUGUGGCUGUCGGCAAUGUUGGGAAUAAUCGGAGUAUCACUCUUCACAGCCAGCUUGAUCCAAACCUCAGAUUACAACACCUUCCUAUGUUCUCUCACAAAAACCAGACCAGAACAGUUGAAUAAAAACGAGCCCACAUGGAUCCAGUUUCACGCGAUUCUCCACUACGCCACCUCGCAUGUUGUCCCUCAACAAUCACUCUCCGAAAUCACCGUCACAUUCGACGUUCUAAAAUCCCUCAGCCGCCCCUCAAACUUCCUCGUAUUCGGGCUGGGCCACGACUCUCUCAUGUGGGCCAGCAUCAACCCACGUGGCACCACGCUGUUCCUCGAGGAGGACCCGAAGUGGGUCCAGACAGUCCUCAAGGACGCGCCUGAGCUCCGAGCCCACGCCGUGCGUUACCGCACGCAGCUUCGCGACGCCGACAGGCUUCUCUCUGGGUACCGGUCGGAGCAGGCGUGUUCUCCGGAGACGGCCACGCUUCGCGGCAACGAGCGGUGCCAGCUGGCUCUUCAUAACCUCCCCGAGGAGGUGUAUGAGAGGGAGUGGGACUUGAUUAUGAUCGACGCGCCGAGAGGGUACUUCGCGGAGGCGCCGGGACGCAUGGCGGCGAUAUUCUCGGCGGCGGUGAUGGCGAGGAAUAGGAAGGGAUCGGGUGUGACGCACGUGUUUUUACAUGACGUGGAUCGGAAGGUGGAGAAGGUUUAUGCAGAAGAGUUUCUUUGUAGGAAGAAUUUGGUUAAAGGUGUUGGGAGGCUUUGGCAUUUCCAGAUUCCUCCAAAGGGUAAUCACACUCACAACGAUGCUCGUUUCUGUUAGGCCUUCCCAAUAUGCACCUCUUCACUCUCUAUUUUCUUCUUCUUCUUCUUCUUCUUCUUUUUGUUUUUCUUACUAUGAUUCAAAACGAGUGGCGUCCAUAGAAACAGCGUUGUAGUGAAUAGUGAAAGUACCAUAUGUUACAUUACAGAUUUACCAAUUUACGUUGUCGUUUUACGGAGACAAAGAGGUGAAUGAGGAAUGUGUGUGGGAUUACAGGUGGAGGGUGCUGAUGAUGCCGACACAAGAGGAUUUGAUUAUCUUACCUUUUUUUUCUUUUGACCUUUUUUCAUCAAAUUUUCUUUAUAGUUUCUACCUUACUCUCGAUUUUCUUUUUCGUGGAAGAUCUAAUUGUCGUCCGUAUCGAGAUGGCAGAGGUAAGAAGGAAAAAAGGGCUGUGUUUUGUUCCACACGUCGUCAGAUGAAAAAAAGUGAAAAGAAAUCAUGUU